UCAGCUCUCGUUAUCAGUCAGUUUAUAACAGCGAAGUAGAAAGCGUUGAUAAAUAAACGUGCGAUUCAAUUGUUUUUAUUGUUUUCGAUCCGUGUUAAUAGAACAAGUACCUCAAAAUGCCGUGCUGCCAAGGACCAGUCAAGAACACUUUCAUUUGCGACCGUGCCGAAUGUCUCUGCAUUCCAACCGGUGGCAAGCCCUACGUAUGCUUGGCCAAAGACAACCAAGGGAAAAUCGUGAAAUGCAAUGACUGCAAAACAAUCCAAGUAGAUGACGAAUGGAAAUGUGUUGACGCUUCCUGCAUCUGCCUCCCAUCUGAAGGCAAGAAUUGCAUUUGUGUCUGUAGUGACGAAACAGGCGAAAUUAAAUCCUGCAACGACUGUAUCUGCAAGGAUCCUGAACAAUCUGAAGCAAUGAAGAAAUGUGAUAAAUCUGGAUGUGUUUGUAUUCCUACUGAUGGGAAAUCUUGCAUCUGUGUGUGCAAGAACAGGGAAGGCAAGAUCGUGAAAUGCAGUGACUGCAAGUGUGAUGGCAACGGGAAGUGUGAUAAAUCUGGUUGCGUUUGCUUACCAACUGAAGGGGCUAAAUGUGUCUGCGUUUGCUGUGACGAAAAGGGAGAGUUUAAGGUCUGCAAGGACUGUUUUUGCGACUCAAAAGUAGAAGAUAACCCGAAGUGUAGCAAAGCAGCAUGCGUUUGUUUCCUUACUGAUGGUAAGUCUUGCAUCUGUGUGUGCAAGAACAGCGAAGGCAAGAUUGUGAAAUGCAGCGACUGCAAAUGUGAUGACAAUGGGAAAUGUGACAAGGCUGGCUGCGUUGUUUUGCCAACUGAUGGGGCUAAAUGUGUCUGCGUAUGCUGUGACGAAAAGGGAGAGUUUAAGGUCUGCAAGGACUGUUCUUGCGACUCCAAAGCAGAUGAUGCCCCAAAAUGUAGCAAGGCUGCAUGCGUUUGCAUCUUAACCGAUGGGAAAUCCUGCAUCUGUGUGUGCAAGAACAGCGAAGGCAAGGUAGUGAAAUGCAGCGACUGCAAGUGUGAUGGCAACGGGAAGUGUGAUAAAUCUGGUUGCGUUUGCUUACCAUCUGAAGGGGCUAAAUGUGUCUGCGUUUGCUGUGACGAAAAGGGACAGUUUAAGGUCUGCAAAGACUGUUCUUGCGACUCAGAAGUAGAAGAUAACCCGAAGUGUAGCAAAGCAGCAUGCGUUUGUUUCCUAACUAAUGGGAAGUCUUGCAUUUGUGUGUGCAAGAACAGCGAAGGCAAGAUUGUGAAAUGCAGUGACUGCAAGUGUGAUGGCAACGGGAAGUGUGAUAAAUCUGGCUGCGUUUGCUUAACAACUGAAGGGGCUAAAUGUGUCUGCGUUUGCUGUGACGAAAAGGGAGAGUUUAAGAUCUGCAAGGACUGUUCUUGUGACUCAAACGCAGAAAAUGCUCCAAAAUGUAGCAAGGCUGCAUGCGUUUGUAUCCUAACUGAUGGAAAAUCUUGCAUCUGUGUGUGCAAAAACAGCGACGGCAAGAUAGUGAGAUGUGACGACUGCAAGUGCGAUGGAAAUGGGAAAUGCGACAAGGCUGGCUGCGUUGUUUUGCCAACUGAUGGGGCUAAAUGUGUCUGCGUUUGCUGUGACGAAAAGGGAGAGUUUAAGAUCUGCAAGGACUGUUCUUGUGACUCAAACGCAGAAAAUGCUCCAAAAUGUAGCAAGGCUGCAUGCGUUUGUAUCCUAACUGAUGGAAAAUCUUGCAUCUGUGUGUGCAAGAACAGCGACGGCAAGAUUGUGAAAUGCGACGACUGCAAGUGCGAUGGCAAUGGGAAAUGUGACAAGGCUAGCUGCGUUGUUUUGCCAACUGAUGGGGCAGCGUGUGUCUGCGUGUGUUGUGACGAAAAGGGCGAAUUUAAGGUCUGUAACGAUUGUUCUUGCGACUCCAAAGCAGAUGAUGCCACAAAAUGUAGCAAGGCUGCGUGUGUUUGCAUCUUAACCGAUGGAAAAUCUUGCAUCUGUGUGUGCAAGAACAGCGAAGGCAAGAUUGUGAAAUGCAGUGACUGCAAGUGUGAUGGCAACGGGAAGUGUGAUAAAUCUGGUUGCGUUUGCUUACCAACUGAAGGGGCUAAAUGUGUCUGCGUUUGCUCUGACGAAAAGGGAGAGUUUAAGAUCUGCAAAGACUGUUCUUGCGACUCUAAGGCAGAAGAUGCUCCAAAAUGUAGCAAGGCUGCAUGCGUUUGUAUCCUAACUGAUGGAAAAUCUUGCAUCUGUGUGUGCAAGAACAGCGACGGCAAGAUAGUGAGAUGCGACGACUGCAAGUGCGAUGGCAAUGGGAAAUGCGACAAGGCUGGCUGCGUUGUUUUGCCAACUGAUGGGGCAGCAUGCGUCUGCGUGUGCUGUGACGAAAAGGGCGAGUUUAAGGUCUGCAAGGACUGUUCUUGCGACUUAAAAGCAGAAGAUUCCCCAAAAUGCAGCAAGGCUGCAUGCGUUUGCAUCUUAACCGAUGGGAAAACCAGCAUCUGUGUGUGCAAGAACAGCGACGGCAAGAUAGUCAAAUGUGGCGACUGCAAGUGCGAUGGCAAUGGGAAAUGCGACAAGGCUGGCUGCGUUGUUUUGCCAACUGAUGGGGCAGCAUGUGUCUGCGUAUGCUGUGACGAAAACGGCGAAUUCAAGGUCUGCAAGGAUUGUUCUUGCGACUUUCAAGCGGAUGAUCGCCAAAAAUCUGUAUAAUCACUGUCUUCCGUAUAUUUUGUAAGACAGGGGUAACGGUUUUAUUCUGUUCAUUGUAAUCAUCCUAUUAUUAUAUUGGGCAUUGGAAAUAUAAUCACAUAUAAUCACUGUUAUUCAUACAUUCUUGUUAAGGAAAGUAAUGCAUUUUUCUGUUGAGGCUAUUUUAACUAUAAGCCUAUGUGUAUCAUCAUACA